AUCUGUCCCAGCCUCACCUUUCGCGCUGCUUGCGGUUGGCUUAACCCGUCUUUCCUAUGGCUGGGAUAUACAGCUCUACUCUGAAGACCCUGGAGGAUUUAACUUUGGACUCUGGUUAUGGGGCAGGGGAUUCCUGCAGGUCCCUCAGUCUCUCUUCCUCCAAGUCCAACUCCCAAGCCUUCACCUCUUCUCAGCACAGAGGCAACUGGUGGUACUACUCGGGCUCCAUGAACAGUAGGAACAACAGCUGGGAUACCGUGAACACUGUUCUGCCGGAAGACCCCGAGGUUGCAGAUAUCUUUUCCAAGUGUCCUAAGCUGCCGGACCUAGAGGAAUACCCUUGGACUGAUGAGGACAUUGGAAGAAUACUCCGAAAAGGGAAGGGAGGUGGCAAUACCAGAACCUUUUCUCAGGAAGCUGUCAGGCGGCUCUCGCAGUUACUGAGGCGCGCCUUGAUCAGGGUCUCCAGGGAAGCUCAGCGGCUCAGCGUGAUGCACUCCAAGUGCACCAGGUUUGAGGUGCAGAGCGCUAUCAAGCUCAUCCAGAGCUGGUCGUUGGCAGAAAGCUGCGUCCUGGCGACUGUCAAGGCACUCUCUCUGUACAGCAUGAGUGCUGGCGAUGGACUGAGGAAAGGCAAAUCGGCUAGGUGCGGCCUCACCUUUUCAGUGGGGAGGUUUUUCAGGUGGAUGGUGGACACCAGGAUCUCGGUUAGGAUCCAUGAAUAUGCAGCCAUUUCCUUAACCGCUUGCAUGGAAAACCUUGCAGAAGAGAUUAAGGCUAGGGUCUUGGCAAGUCAGAGCCCGGAUGGUGGAGGAGGGGAGAUCUCAGCUGAAAUCCUGGAGAUGGUUAUCAACAACGAUGCUGAACUUUGGGGAGUGUUGCAACCUUACGAGCAUCUCAUCUGUGGGAAAAAUGCUAAUGGUGUGCUGUCUCUGCCUGCCUACUUUAGCCCAUACAACGAUGGCUCUGUGUGCAGCGACGGACGGGCUGAUGCUUACGCCCAGCUGGAACUCCGAACUUUAGAGCAGUCUCUGUUGGCAACUUGCGUUGGAAGCAUCUCUGAACUGAGUGAUUUGGUAUCACGAGCAAUGCACCACAUGCAGUGCUUGAACACCGUCCGCCCAGGAAUGAGUCCCAUUCGGCAAACCCGGCAGCAGCAACCCAUCUCCUGGUCCCCUGAUGCUCUUCACACCCUCUACUACUUCCUACGCUGUCCUCAAAUGGAGUCCAUGGAGAAUCCCAACCUUGACCCUCCAAGAAUGACCCUGAACAAUGAACGACCCUUCAUGCUUCUGCCACCACUGAUGGAGUGGAUGAGAGUGGCUAUCACCUACGCUGAGCACCGGCGCAGUUUAACUGUGGACAGUGAUGAUAUCAGGCAGACAGCCAGACUGCUCUUACCUGGACUGGACUGUGAGCCCCGGCAGCUAAAACCUGAAUGCUGCUUUAGUUCCUUCCGGAGACUGGAUGCUAAGGCUGCUACUGAAAAAUUCCAGCAGGAUCUGGGUUUCCGAAUGCUAAACUGUGGAAGGACAGAUCUGAUCAACCAAGCAAUCGAUGCACUGGGACCUGACGGGGUUAACACCAUGGAUGAUCAGGGUAUGACCCCACUAAUGUACGCCUGUGCUGCUGGAGAUGAAGCCAUGGUCCAAAUGCUUAUAGAUGCUGGAGCAAAUUUAGAUAUACCAGUUCCCAGUACCUCUCCCCGGUACCCUUCAGUCCAUCCCGACAGCCGGCACUGGACUGCUCUUACCUUUGCUGUGUUACACGGGCACAUCUCUGUUGUUCAGCUGCUCCUGGAUGCCGGUGCCCACGUUGAGGGCUCUGCUGUUAACAGCGAAGACAACUACGCGGAGACUCCGCUUCAGCUGGCUUCAGCGGCAGGGAACUACGAGUUGGUCAGCUUACUGCUGAGUAGGGGUGCUGACCCACUCCUGAGCAUGCUGGAAGUCAACGGUAUGUCUUCAUCGCUGCAUGAAGAUAUGAAUUGCUUCAGUCACUCAGCUGCACACGGACACAGGAAUGUUCUGCGCAAGCUCCUGACCCAGCCCCAGCAACUGAAGGGAGACGUCCUCUCGCUGGAGGAGAUUUUAGCUGAGGGAGUGGAGAGUGACACAUCCAGCCAGGGCAGCUCCAGCGAGGGGCAAGUCAGGCUGUGUAAAACAAGAAUGAAGGCUCUGCAGGAGGCCAUGUAUUACAGUGCCGAGCAUGGCUAUGUGGACAUCACCAUGGAGCUCAGGGCACUCGGAGUCCCAUGGAAGCUCCACGUCUGGAUCGAGUCACUGCAGACAACCUUCUACCAGUCUCGUUACUCGGUGGUACAGACCCUCCUGCGGGAAUUCGUCACCAUUAAGGAAGAGGACUAUAAUGAAGAACUGGUUAAUGAAGGGUUGCAGCUCAUGUUUGAUAUCCUCAAAACCAGCAAAAACGAUGCUAUCAAUCAGCAGCUCGCAUCCAUCUUCACCCACUGCUACGGCAGCAGUCCCAUACCCAGCAUUCCUGAAAUCCGAAAGACGCUGCCAGCUCGGCUGGAUCCUCACUUUCUAAACAACAAAGAAAUGUCUGAUGUAACGUUCUUAGUAGAAGGAAAGCUAUUUUAUGCACACAAAGUCCUGCUGGUUACUGCAUCUAACAGGUUUAAGACGCUAAUGACCAAUAAAACAGAACAUGACAGCCACGGCAGCAAGACUGUUGAAAUCAGUGAUAUGAAAUACAAUAUUUUCAAGAUGCUGAUGCAGUAUUUAUACUAUGGAGGAACAGAAUCUAUGGAAAUUCCCACCACUGAUAUCUUGGAGCUGUUGUCGGCUGCCAGCCUGUUUCAACUGGACGGCCUCCAGAGACACUGUGAAAUCCUCUGCGCCCAGACGAUCAGCAUGGACAACUCCGUUAACAUCUAUAAAUAUGCAAAGAUCCACAACGCACCUGAACUAGCCUCUUUCUGUGAAGGCUUCUUCCUCAAACACAUGAGCUCUCUGCUAGAACAGGACUCGUUCAAACAGCUGAUCUACAGCAGGAACAGCAAAGUGCAAGGCCUGGACCCGCUGCGGGACUUGCAGACAGCCCUGGCCGGCCGCCUGCACUCUGUGUACGUCACCUCCAGGGUGUGAAGCAGGAGCGAGGCAGC